AUGAGCACAGGAAACGGCCUGUUGAACACGCAGCUAAGAGAUCGGCUGAGAGGGGGUUGUUUCCCUAGUCAAGUCUGGGAAAAGAUCAAAUGGAGCUGCCUAGCUUCCUGUGGCAUCAAACUUUCUGGAAAGGUGUGGGGUAUGAAAGAUGAUGGCUCAUCCUCCCGGGAAGAGAGCUGGAUCUGGUACACCCGCAAAGCCAGAGAGGGCUGCAUCCUGCUCUCGGCCUCCCAAACAAGAACCCAGGAGCAGCAGGAGCAGCAGGCCUGGGGGCCGGAGCGCCGGAGGCCCCGGGAGCGGCUGGAGGCCACGCUGGCCGGCCUGGCCGAGCUCGACUACCUGCGGCAGCGCCAGGAGCUGCUGGUGCGGACCGCUCUGCGGAGCGCUCUGCCCGGCCCGGACGGGCCCCGGCACGGGCACGGGCACGGGCACGGGCACGGGCACGGGGCCCAGGACCCGCCGGCCCAGCCCGCCCACCGCACCCGGCUGGAGGAGAAGUUCCUGGAGGACAACAUCCUGCUGCUGAGGAGACAGCUGAACUGUCUGAGGCGGAGAGAUGCUGGCCUGCUGAGCCAGCUGCAGGAACUGGACAAACAGAUCAGCGACCUCAGGCUGGACGGAGAAAAGACGGUGGAGGAGCGUCUGGAGACGGAUAGUCGGCCCAGUUCAGGGUUUUACGAGCUGAGUGACGGCACUUCCGGAUCCCUCUCCAAUUCCUCCAACUCCGUCUUCAGCGAGUGCUUAUCCAGUUGCCCUUCCAGCUCCUGUUUCUGCAGCCCUUUGGAGACGUCCUUGAAUCUGUCAGAUGGGCGGCCCAAGUCUGCAGAUCUCGUCGGGUGGCUGGACUGUAGAGAAGGCCAGUGUGAAGAGCAGGUGUCUGGGGGCUGGACGGUGAGCGGCUGCUCACCGUCCAGCCCCCGGGCCGAUUCCCUCGACGUCGUGGCUGAUGUGAACCCCAAGUUCCAGUGUGACUUGGUGUCCAAGAACGGGAACGACGUUUACCGCUACCCCAGCCCGCUCCAUGCCGUGGCGGUGCAGAGCCCCAUGUUCCUCCUCCCGGUCCCCCCCGGCGGCCCCCUGAGGGAGGGGGAGCAGCCGGGCCUCGGGGCCGGGGACCCCCGCCUCGGAGCUGAGCCGCCCGCCGCUGCCGCCCACCCGGACGACGCCUUCCUCCUCUCCCCGAGCGCUUCCUGGCCGGCCCCCGGCCCCCCGUCCAGUCAGAAGAUGGCGGGCUACAUCCUGAGUCUGGUCCAGAGAAAGGUGCAGCCGGUGCGGACUAACAAGCCGCGGACCAGCGUCAGCGCGGACCCGGCCAAGGCCGUCCUGCGCCACGGGAGCGGGUGUGUGCGGCAGGCCGGCGGGGGACCCCUGGCCCACGGCGGCCACCUGCCCGGUGCCCGCCCUGCCUCAGAGACCGCUGCCUUCUCCUCCCCCCAGCCCAGGCCGUGGGCCCGAGAGCCCCACGGUGAGCCGCCCGAGAACAGGAGGGCCCCAGCAGGCUGCCCCGCCGGCACUCCCGGCGAGCCCCAGGGCGCCAAGCACACCACCCCGGAGCUCCCCCGUGGCUCCACUCCUGGGCCGGGGGAUGUCCCGAAGGAGAGCCCUCCACCCUUCCCUGCCUCUCCCAAGGAGAGCCCCGGCCGCAGCCUGGCCCCCCUGCCCGAGAACAGGGCGGUCCAACCGCCCAAGAGGGCACCCUCGAAGGACGGCGGCCAGGGAGCGCCUCGGCCGGUGUCACCGGCUCCCGCACCAGUCCUCCCUCUGGCUCCCGCUCCGGCCCCCAUUCCGGCCCCCGCUCUGGCCCGCCUACCAGAGGAGAGGCCCACGGUGGAGUCCAAGAGCCAGGCGUCUCCCCCACGGAGCCCAGGCGCGGGCCGGCCAAGGAAGGGUCCGUCCACCACAGGGCCACAGAGGAGCACCCGGCCACCCCAAAGCAGCAGGCACGUGAGGGGCUCAAGAAGCUCCACGCCGAAGGUCAGGGCGCCCACGCUUCCCUCGGCGGUCAGCGGUGCCCAGGCCGUACGUGAAAAGAGCAGGGUAGGGGCCCGGAAGGGCCGUCUCCCCGACGACUCGGAUACAAACCGGAGAUCCAAGAAGCCUUUGGCGAGGGGCCGGAGGGCCGGGGGCGUCCCGCCAGAGCCCGGCCACCCUGGCAGAUCCCUGGGCGCCCAGCGGUCGGGGACCAGGGCCCACGGUCCCAGCCGAGACGCGUUGGUGGCCAAGCCCAAGCACAAAAGGGCCGACUACCAACGGUGGCGGCCACCGGCCGAGGCCUCCUUCGAAGAUGCUCUGCGCAGGGCCCGGAGGAACCGCCGGGAGGGCAUGGCGGUGGCCCUGCCGGGACGCGGCCCGCCGCCUCCCCUCGCCAGCCCCUACGCCUUCGUGGCCAGCGACUCCGAGUAUUCGGCCGAGUGCGAGUCGCUCUUCCACUCGACCGUGGUGGACACGAGCGAGGACGAGCGGAGCAACUAUACCACCAACUGCUUCGGGGACAGCGAGUCGAGCGUGAGCGAGGCGGAGUUUGGGGGCGACAGCACGACCUCCAGUGACUCGGAGGAGAGCGGGGGGCUCCUCUGGUCCCAGUUGGUCCAGACCCUCCCCGAGCUGCCCGACCGCCCCGCCGAGACCUUCGUCAAGAUCAAGGCGUCACACAAUCUCAAGAAGAAGAUCCUUCGCUUCCGGUCUGGCUCUCUCAAGUUGAUGACGACCGUCUGAGGGGCUCGG